AUGAAUAUUAAUCUAAUUAAAAMUGAUUUUUGCAAAUUAUUUGUUGUUAUUUUACUUUCGUGUKUCUAUAACACUGUGCAAAAUACAACAGUUGCUAUAAUUGGCGGACACGAUGCCCGGYCMGGAGAUAAUCCAUACAUGUGCUCCAWGAGAGUUAAUAACGAUACACAUCAAUGUGAGGCAUCAAUAAUUGGGAAACAGUGGGCAGUGACAGCUGCACAUUGUAUUAAAUUUUUUAAAGAUAACGAUAAUUUUACACUACAUUGCGGUACAGUUGAUCGUACUAAAGGUGGUCACAAUUAUAAUGUAGUCAACAAAAUUGCUUAUGAAAAUUGGACACUCGAUGAUCCAAAAAAUGAUAUUGGUUUACUACAAAUUGAUGGCAAAUUUGAUCUGGGCACUAAAGACAUAGACAAWAUAGUACUGCCAGCACAGGGCUACGAUUUACCUACUGGUAUUAAUGCCACAACAAUUGGUUGGGGUUUUACUAUUGCCUAUAACAGAACUGAUGGAAAGUUAGCCGAUAAAUUGCAAACACUGGAUAUGCCUGUUGUGGACCGGGAUGUGUGUUGGCAUGUCAUGAAAGGUUAUCUAAAGGAUAUAGGUUUUAAUUGGACAAUAAGUGAGGCAAAUGUAUGCGCCGGUGGACAUGGAGGUCAUAUUACAUGUGAUCACGAUUCGGGUUCACCAUUAAUAUUUAACAACACAAUUGUAGGCAUAACUUCAUGGGGUUAUAUUGAUUGUGGAAAACCUGGCUAUCCUGCUGUUUUUACUAAUAUUGCAAACUAUAGAGAUUGGAUAAAAUUACACAGUGGCAUUUAA